AUGUUCUUCAGCAACAGAACCCAAACUUCCCGAUAUCAUCGAUCAUCAAAUGAUCCUUCGCAUCAACAACAAGGAUCGUCAGUAGCCGCACUUGAUAAAAAUCAUCCCAAAGCAAGAACAUUAUGGAUGGGUGAUCUGGAUGAUAUUUUGGAAGAAGACUAUGUAAAACAGCUCUUCGGGAGUGAUAUUAGACCUUCUAUUGUUUCUGCUAAAAUCAUUCGAGAUAGAAACACAGGAAAAUCAGCAGGAUAUGGAUUUAUAGAAUUUACAACUGUCGAAAUUGCAAAAGCUGUGCUUGAAACAUACAAUGGAAAAACAAUACCCUCGCUUCCGAAUAAGAUUUAUAAAUUGAAUUGGACAUCACAACCUGGAAACUUUCAUAUGCCCAUGAGCCAUCAACCUAAACCAAUGGGAAAAGAUGUAGUUUCUAUUUUUGUUGGAGACUUGGCUCCCGAUGUGGAUGAUUACAUGCUCGAACAAGCUUUUAAAGCUAAAUAUCCAUCUGUGAGAGGUGCAAAAGUGGUAUUGGAUCCAAAAACUAAAAUUUCCAAAGGGUAUGGAUUUGUAAAAUUUGCUGAUGAGGAGGAAAUGAUGAGAUCAAUGACAGAAAUGCAAGGAGUUUAUAUUUCAUCCAGACCUGUGAAGAUUCAUCAUGCCACGAAUAAUUUUAAAAGUCAAGGAAUGGGGACUGGAUUGUCAUCAUCGCUUUUUGGAAAUGCUUCGGUUCCUCAAACUUUUGUACCGCAAAUGCCUCAACCAACGAGUUUAGGAGAUGAACCUACCACAAUCAUAUCGACUGAUCCAUUGGAACAAGAAAAUACAACAGUUUAUGUAGGUAAUUUAACUCCAACCACAGAUGAAAAAGUAUUGCGAGAAUAUUUCCAAGGAUACGGUCCAAUCACAUCUGUAAAAAUACCAACCAACAGCAAUUGUGGAUUUAUUAAUUUUACAAGGACGGAACAUGCAGAAAGGGCUAUUUUGGAGAUGAACGGUAUUGAAAUACAAGGCAACAGAGUGCGAGUGUCAUGGGGCAGAAUGCAUAAAAAGCAGCAAAAUCAAAUGGAUGACGAAACGUUGAAACAACGUCAGCUCCAAGCUGCUGUAACAGCAUUCCAAUUUCAGCAACAUCAACUUAAAGCCAUGAACGAUAAAAAGAUAAAAGAAGAGGACGAACGAAAAAAGUUAGAAUUUGCAACCAGGUUUACAAAACCUUUUGACAUUCUUCAAGACAAUCAAAGAUUUCUGGAAGAGAACGGCUGCAUGGACGUUGAUAUGUAUUAA